CACCACGCACUCUCUCUCGGCAGGACCAAAUAAAGCAAAAAGAGGGGGAAAAUGGCAGAAAAAUCUUACGAGGAAGAACAUCCUACCAAGGCUUUUGGAUGGGCAGCCAGAGACCAAUCCGGGGUCCUCUCCCCUUUCAAAUUCUCCAGGAGGUCUACAGGAGAGAAGGAUGUGCGAUUCAAGGUGCUGUUUUGUGGAAUAUGUCACUCAGACCUUCAUAUGGCCAAGAAUGAGUGGGGUAGUUCCAUGUACCCUCUAGUUCCCGGGCAUGAGAUUGUUGGGGAAGUGACAGAGGUAGGAAGCAAAGUUGAGAAGUUCAAAGUAGGAGACAAAGUGGGGGUGGGGUGCAUGGUUGGAUCAUGCCACUCUUGCGAUAGUUGCAACAACGAUCUCGAGAAUUAUUGCCCAAAAAUGAUACUCACCUACAGUACCAAAUACCACGAUGGAACCACCACGUACGGAGGCUACUCAGACAGCAUGGUCACGGAUGAGCACUUCGUAGUUCGUAUUCCAGACAACCUACCUCUAGAUGCCGCUGCACCUCUCCUAUGUGCUGGGAUUACAGUUUACAGCCCCUUGAGGUUUUUUAAUCUUGACAAACCGGGUAUGCAUGUGGGCGUGGUUGGGCUUGGCGGGCUAGGUCAUGUAGCUGUAAAGUUUGCAAAGGCCAUGGGGGUCAAGGUUACAGUUAUUAGCACCUCUCCCAAGAAGAAACAAGAAGCCCUUGAGCAUCUUGGUGCUGACUCGUUUCUAGUUAGUCGUGACCAGGAUGAGAUGCAGGCUGCAAUGGGCACAAUGGAUGGUGUAAUUGACACGGUGUCGGCCAUGCAUCCUAUCUUGCCUCUGAUUAGUCUAUUGAAGACUCAAGGAAAGCUGGUCUUGGUUGGUGCGCCUGAAAAGCCACUUGAGCUACCAGUGUUUCCUCUGAUCAUGGGAAGAAAAAUAGUGGGUGGGAGUUGCAUCGGAGGAAUGAAGGAAACGCAAGAGAUGAUUGAUUUUGCUGCCAAGAACAACAUCACGGCAGACAUAGAGGUUAUCUCGAUGGAUUAUGUGAACACAGCCAUGGAGCGGCUUUUGAAAACAGAUGUCAGAUACCGAUUUGUUAUCGAUAUCGGCAACACAAUGAAGAUUUGAAUUCUCUACUCAUAAACACUGUACGAAUAAAACGCAUGUAAUGUCAGAUUCGUGAGUUUGAAAAAUCUGGAGUUUUCGGUGCCGCCUCUAUGCGCAUAAUUUAAUCAUGGUUUGAAAAUUGAAGCAAUGAUGUGACGUUAUUUAGUACCUCUAUUUUUGUUA